CCCCUCUUGGGUCCUAGAUGGCAGAGGGAGAUAAGAAGAAGAAGGUGGUGAAGAAGAGGCACACGAGCCGGAACCCCAUCCUGGCGCGCGGUCUCGGACGCUACUCCCGUUCCGCCAUGUCCGGCCGCCGGGCCAUGUACAAGAGGAGGGUCAAGAUGUCCGAAACUAAGAUUGAAAAGAAGCUGAAGGUGAAGGUGCCGGCAACCGUCAACAAGACCGUCGGCGGAGACAAGAAUGGCGGCACACGCGUCGUCAAACUGCGCAAGAUGCCCCGUUACUACCCCACAGAAGACGUUCCCCGGAAGCUGCUGAGCCACGGGAAGAAGGCCUUCAGCCAGCACAAGAGGAGGCUGCGCUCCUCCAUCACCCCCGGGACCGUGCUCAUCCUGCUGACCGGCCGGCACCGCGGCAAGCGUGUCGUCUUCCUGAAGCAGCUGUCCAGUGGUCUCCUGCUUGUCACUGGUCCCCUGGCUCUUAACCGUGUACCCCUGCGCCGUGCGCACCAGAAGUUCGUCAUCGCCACCGCCACCAAAGUGGACAUCUCCGGCAUGAAGAUCCCCAAGACGCUGACCGACGCCUACUUCAAGAAGAAGAGGCUGAGGCGCCCCAAGCACCAGGAGGGCGAGAUCUUUGACGUGGAGAAGGAGAAGUACCAGCUGACAGAGCAGCGCAAGGACGACCAGAAGGCCGUGGACUCCCAGCUGCUGCCGCUGGUGAAGAAGGUCCCUCAGCUGCAGGGCUACCUGCGCUCCUCCUUCUGUCUGUCCAAUGGCGUGUACCCCCACAAGCUGGUGUUCUGAGCAUGCUCCAAUAAAGCCCCAUUUACCACA